AUGCGUAAAGACGACAAGGCAUGCGUGGUGAGGAGCUGGGUUGGAAAGCCCCGUCCAGUUGGCUCUUCAGGAGUAAAACACCGCAGUAAAGAUGCCGUAGACAUGAUAACUUAUGAUUUUCAACAAAAUCUGGAGACCCCGAACUUACAGCAUAACGAUAUGUUUUAUAAGAGGCAGCUGUGGACCUACAACUUUGGUAUCCACGAUUGCGUGUCCAACCAGGGCUACAUGUUUAUGUGGGACCAGACGACAGCCAAACAUAGGUCAGUGGAGGUGGCAAACUGCCUGUAUGAUUUCCUCACUGAGUUUAACACUGGAGCGAGGUAAGUUUUAGUUUUUUGUAUUUUGGAACAUCGGUCGGUUGCAUCUUAGCGUAAACCUCGAACCCUGCAUGUUUGAUUUUCAAAUUUAAAAGUUUGAAGCGACGUUUCGCACGAGUGAUCACAACAGCAUUCUAGUAUAUAUCUCUAAAGCACUUUGAAAGAAUUUGACAAAACUUUACUUAGAAAAGAAACCUAUGUUUGUUAAAAAGCGUAGCAACGCCAUAAGGGUUCAAUCUGCAACAGUCAAAAAUACUGUUUAGAGUUUUGGCGAGUUUUAUUAUCGCCAGAACAAUUCCGUGAUCGCCCGUGCAAUAAAUAAAGUGAUUACCAUAUUUAUUCGAUUAAAAACCGUCCUCGAAUAAACGCCGCAGUUUAGAGCAGAAAUGAUUAUCAUAAUAAACGCCGCCCUCGAAUAAACACCGCAUCAUCAAAAAGCAAAUGCAGCAACAUAUAAUCGAGUUUGUGCAAGCCUACAAAAUUUAUGUUUCUUCAUUGUAACAAUGUUUUAAGAUCAGUACAUUUGAAAAUCGAAACACGAGAACAAUAUACGAAACAUGGUUUUUUUUUUAAAUCAAAUAUUCAGUUAACAUACUAUUCUUUGCAAAAAACAAAUUGGAUUUUAAAUAAACUGCGCCCUCGAAUAAAGGCGGCACUCGAAGGAAGAAUAAUUUAAUAAACGCCGCGGUGUGUAACAGAAUAAAUACGGUGAUAAAGUGCAUCUGUAAUCUGCGUCAAAUACACGCUCAACUAAUAACUUACGAAAUCAUCUGCUGUUAGGGAAUUCCAAAUUUCUAAGCGGCGAGCCAAGUAUGAUAAGUGUAGUUUUCCCAUUAUAUCGAGGUUUCCAACAAGGUGAACCCUCAAUUUCGCGAACAAAUUCACCUAGUCCCCAGUCAUUGUUAGAUACAGGUCUCACUAUAACACCACAUUAUUUUAUUCUGUCUUUAUGGGUUGCUCGUAAGCUACUCUGAUGGCUGUUUGGGUCAGAACAGAAACAAGAUGAUAGUUGCCCUCUACGCCGAGCUACACCGCAUAGGCGUUUACAAGGUACUUAACCACAAGUACCUCGUGAGGGGCCACACGUUCCUUCAAAAUGACACUGACUUUAGCCAGAUCAAGAAGAGAAAGAAAAGCGCAGUGGUGUACUUACAGGAGGACUGGUGUAAAAUAGUCAGAGAGGCGAAUACAGUGAAACCGUUCGUGGUACGCGAAAUGAGGCAGCCUGACUUCAAAGACUGGAGGUCCUUCUUGGAAUCCAGGUACAUAGACAAUUAAUCAGAUAGUAAUCAACGUGCAUUUCUGGUAUGAGGUCACCAGAUAUGCUCCCCUGUUUUAUUGCGUCAAUAUGUAUGUACAAGUUAUAGAGCGUUUUAGAGUGGCCUACCGUAAAAAAUCCCGGUAAUAGCUUGUUUUUGCACCUAAGCCUCAUAGAGAUAAGGGGGGAAAGGGGGGGGGGAGGGUGAAAGUUCAAGGGUGCGAUAUUCGCGGUGUGCUACAAGAAAAUCAUUACUUAAUUCUCCGGAUAUUUCCACUAAAAUUUUUUAAAUAUAUCAUCUAUUUUCUGGAUUUAAAGUAAGCUAAAUAAAAAUAAGGCAUGCAAUGCUUGUUUUUAAAACCAUGAAGCCGCAAUGAACUUUGGAAACCUUGUAGAAUAGGACUCAUGUGGAUCUUUUUAUAUUUCAUAUCACUUAACCAUUAUUAAUAUUCUUCCUAGGUACCAACCGAUAGCGAGGUACCAACCGAUAGUGAAGGACCGGGAUGGGAAGCGCGUCCGAAUCCUUGACGCGCAUUGGUUAAACUUUUGUCGGGGAGAGGAGAAAGAUCCUAUCAUUGGGCAAACCCAAAUGGUCCAACAUCCAGACAAAGUUUGGUUAAGGUAUGGGUUUUCCACAGAUGAACCCUGGAAAAAGGUAAACAUCCGGCGCCGCAGACACCAAAAAGAUGCCAACCAAACACCCGGCCGCCUCUAUCCUGCUCGUUUGAAGGUGGUCCCAGCCAAACUGGAAGACCUGCAACAAAUGGCUGCCUUCGUCCCUGAGCCCCAGCGGCAGUUUUACUUAACCAUGGAGGCCGCCGAACCAGAACCAAAGGAUAAAUGA